GACAUCUACUCUAUAUCUUAAAAGCCGAAAACUCCCAAUCAUUGGUACUCAUGGCGCUUGGGAGUCUAUCAAUAUGAGUUUCGCAGCAAGAGGCAAUGGUCCGUUGCGUCGCUGGGUAUCUUUAAGUGGAAGGGCACCCCGAUCUGUUCGCCCUUCCUCUUCCCUAUCAGAGCGCUUUCACCAAGAGUUAACGACGCGCCGGUUGCCUCUUAUUUAUGACUAUUUAUCCCCUCAACCUUCUCAUCUUCUGAACUUAUCUCUUGUCGGAUAUGUUCCUGAACUGGCUCCCGAGACGUCCCUUGGUGAUGCUGGCGGGAUUCUCCCACUGAUCAGCUCCCCCUCCCGUAUGGCUGUCGGUCAUCACUUGGUGUAUUUUCCGCCCCAGGUGACAUUGUCGCAGCUCCUACCGGACGGAACAGAUGUUUUACAUACACCCGGAGAGCCAUUUAAUAGGCGGAUGUGGGCCGGAGGUCGAGUAAGGUUCCCUCAACAAGGAGGUCCACUACUCGACGGCAGACGCGCAGUCUGUAUUGAAGGUAUUCGAGAUGUCAAGGUUAAAGGACUGGACGGGCAAGAGAAGAUCUUUGUCGGUAUCGAGAGACGGGUCGCCACAGUAGGAGAACAAGAGACCGAAGAGAAAAUCAGAAGCCGGGUCUGGCAAGCCAGCGAAGAGGACUUCGGAGACGCAGAGAUCAUUGAGAGACGAGACCUAGUCUUUUUGCGAGAGAAAACACCGGAACAAUUACAGAACGAUAAGGCUUCUUUCUCCAAGGGUGGUAGGAUCGUAAAGCCGCCUUCAGAUCCUGAACUCAGCUUUAAGCUCAGACCAAACAAGGCGUUGCUGUUUCGCUACUCAGCUCUUACAUUCAAUGCUCAUUCUAUUCAUCUCGACAAGUCCUACGCUCAGGAUGUUGAGGGAUAUCGCAAUCUACUCGUCCACGGACCAUUGUCACUAACUUUACUUCUCACUGUUCUUCGAUGCCAUUUAUACAAGCUGGGGCGUGUGAUCAGGGAUAUUGAAUAUAGAAACCUUGCCCCUCUCUAUGUAUGUGAGGAGAUGACUAUUUGUGCGAAGCCUAAGCGUGGCCUCGACACGAACCAGUGGGAGGUAUGGAUUGCAGGUGAGGAUGGGGGACUCACCGUCAGAGGAACCGUCCGCACAAGUGAACUAUAGAAGCAUACAUUUAGAAUUUCACAAGUGCAGCCUGAGAAUAUUAUCGCAGCUCGACUCUUCAAAAUGCUACGAUACUCCCAUGGUGUUGUAUACAGAAGCAAUAAACACACCUUUCCAUUCGAGUUCCCCUGACUCCAAUAAAUCAGAGUGAUACUAUAUAUUAUGGAUAUUUAUUUCUUUCCUCUUCGUACUUCCGCUAGUUACAUAUACCUGGAGUUUCAUUGCGAAACUCUUCUCCUUUAUCUUUUUU